AUGGCGAUUCAGAUGCAUCUAAUGGCCGAGAACGUAGAUUCGCUCUCAGCAGCAGAGCUACGCCGCCUGUACACCACACAAUCGACGCUAUUACGUGACUUUAUCAGCGAACGCUUCCUGUGGAGCCGCGUGGUACUUGCCGCUGCGUUUUUCCUGGGAUGGUUUCUCGCGCUCUACGGGGCCGCCACCGGCAUGCACGAGCGGGCGACGAAGCAAGACUCUAGAAGUACUCCGGAAUCCUCGGAGGGAGAGUCGUGGGCGACUAUCAUACGUCCGUUCUGGUUUUCGCCUUUGCUCCUAAGCUGGAUGUACAUCGUGGCAAUCUACUUUGGCGUGCGGCUGAUGGGGCGCAGGUCCAGCGCCUUCUCGGCGUUCAUCUUCGAGUUCCUUUUCAUCUACAACUUUGCGCAGAUGCUGGCGAAUGUCUUCGUGUGCUGCAUGACGUUCGCGGAAUGUCGCAGGCUGCAGGGGUCCCCUAGCCUUUUCUCGCACCACGAAACGGUGCAGACCUACGGAGGUCUGGUCUUGCAGCCCGUGAUAGGACCGGCGUCGCCGGCAGCAACGAGUGCGAUUUUGGGCGAUGCCCAUAGUACUAAGCAGCGACUGCUGAGUAUUUUCACAACAUCUUCACGGCAACCUUCAGAUGGCACCAGUAGCGCUCAUGGUCGCGGCAACGGAGGUCUCUUCGGAGUGCCGUUCGCCUUAUUCACGCAGUACGUUGCGGCGCCGUGCGCGAGUGCACUCGCCUGGCCGCUCCAGAGGCUCUUCGUUCAGCCUAUUCUCGUUUCUCUCCUCGGUCUCAACGUCGAGGGCUACUUCGCAGCUUGGUGGGGUAACGGCAAGGAGUUCCGGUCCCCCUGGCUCGCGUGCAUGGUUUGGCUGCACUACAUGCUGCACGUGACCGAACUGGUGGAUAUCCUUUUUGUCGUCUUGCGCAAGAAGUAUCAUCGCAUUUUGUUAAGGCUCAUUUUUGCAAUCCACUUCUUCCACCACACGUCAUUUUUGAUUCUCUCUGAGGAUAAAUCUUUCUGAGGAUCUUCAUACUAGCGAGAAACCGAAACGCAGGUGGAAAGAAGCAAGUUCAUUCUUUUAUUGAGCUCUAAUUUUCACUGGGUUGCAUGUGUAUCUGCGGCUCUUGAACUUGUGGUCGUGGUUUUUGGCGGCAAGGUACGGCGGCUACGGGGAUAUGGGCUUCGUGAUUGUGUGCAACAGCGGCACCAAUGCUAUAGUCUACGCUUACUACGCAAGGGCCGUCUUUUAUGGCUCAAUACACUUCAUUUCUACAAGCCAUCUAUCCCGAUUUCCUUCUUCGGAUUGGGAGAAAAGAGGACAAGAAAUGAAUCGUUUUGGGCUCUAAUUUUUGUUCCCCGAUGACUCCAACGCAGCUGCGAAGAAGAACCGCGUGGUCAAGGUGCAGAUCUGGCAGAUGACUUGUUUUUAAGGCUUCCUCGUCUAAUCCAUCUCGGGAAAGUACAAACAUAUUGGAGGGACUGUCCCAUAGAUACGGGGAAACAGAUCCGAGAUGAGCUAAGUAUUUAAAUGUAUCUCUUACACAUUCUCACUCAGUCACUCAUUCCACGUUUGUCGCUUCUGUUGAUGAACUUUACCUAACACCAUGAUAAUUGACAUCUACUUGUUUCCCUCCGAUACUGACUACUAAUCACAUGUACCUUUUAAAGUGGGAGAUUAGUCGUGUGCGCUCUAAUGUUUGCUGUUACAUUCGGUUUGGGGUCUCUUUUUCGGGCGUAUGCCAGCGUUCGCGUGUUUGUGGCAGGGCUUCGUGAUGUCUCAAGGUCUCAUGCUGUACCUCGAUUUCCAGGCCCAAGACCCAGCAAAUCCGGCGAGCGAGAAUGAUAUGGCGCUCGCGGAGAUGGCCUCGCUGGCGCAGGCGGCGGCGAACGACGGACUUUUAAGGCUUGGCUCAACUGUAAUUCAUCUUGAGACUGAGAGAACGUGGCAUCUUCUUCAAGAAACUUCUUGUUACUUUGUUUCCUGUUUCUGUAAGGGAAGUAGGGAGAGACGUCUUCAAGGAAGGAUGCUUACUCUCGAGAUGAAGAACUACGGAGUAUGUACUGUAGUUCUAAGACUUGCAUUGAAGCGACGAGCGAGCGCGGUGCUGCAGGAGAUGGGGGAGAAAAUGGCAGCCGGGGGUCGACACCCAGCCCAUUUCGUCGAACUCGAUACGAAUCUGCCACCCGACUUUUCUGAGACGGAAUCUCAUCCAGCGACUCCUGCGAGUAGUCAAGGCGAUUCGACAGGAGAGGACGAUGCCUCGGAGCAGGGGUCUACUUCCGCAAUAGAUGAUGCAGCAAGUCCGGCAGCAGGAGGAGCUUUAGAAGUCGGGCAGCAGCGGCGACUCGUGAACUCGGUGUCGUUACCGAACUUUCUUCACCAGAAAUCUGAUAGUCCACCAGCAGAUCAACAAGUGCCACUGACUGCGUUGCCAUCACGAAAUCGAAAGCCGCAGCUCAUGUUUAGCUUCGAUAGUUCUGGAUGGCUUUACCUGUACCAUUUCGGCGUGGCCUACGCAAUAGAGCGACGUUUUGGCCGGCUCACGGAGGCGGAUCUGGAGGAGUACAACGCCUAUGAAGACGUGAUCGGGCGCAUGACGAAUCACCCCUAUUCGAUGGAGGCACGACGUGGGAAGGAAGAACUAGACUUUACUAGUUCACCAGUUUCAUCCCGAGGACAACUAGGUCGAGCGAGGUUUUCUCCGCCAAGUCGCCUACGGGGGAAGAGCGCGAGCUUCAGCGAAACGCAAUCUCCGUUUCGACAGCGCGUUUCGCAGAAGCUCGCGCUGUUCGCGCGGGACGAAGAAAGAGAACCACGGCCGUCGAGAGGCAAUGGCUAUGGGAGUCCCGGUAAAAACAGAGAUGGGAACCGGAACAGCUACAAGGUGAAUUACAGGACGAAAAGCAGCCGAAAUCAUGAGGACUCCGACUCGGCACAUUCGUCUUCCCCUGAUAAGAACGGGCGACCGAGAAGGCGGAGCAGUGGAGGGGAACGGCAGUUGGGGCUUCGAAGCGCUGGCGCAUUGGGGGACCAAAACGUAUUCGGAGACCAACAUCCGAGUGCAGGCACACUUUUUUCUUCGCAUAGUGGGAGCAGCGCAAGUCUCACAUCGGCGGACGAAUCCGGGACUACUGCGCGAGAGAAGGCGUCAUAUGACCUUUCCAUGGAUCCGGAAAUUAGUGAGCGGACCCCGUCCAGUGGCGAAGAUCAUCGUCGACAUGUUAGAGGAGCAACACGCGGUGGCGGGACAAGACCACAAGAACAAGAAAAUAAAUCGAAAUCAAUGUUAUCCACCUCGAAUUUUCAUAAUAGUAUCCACCAGGAUGUGUCGUUGAAAUUAGAGCAUUUGAUCCGCGCAGACAGUCCGCUGGGAACAGCAACAACUGGGGUUCCGACCACACCUUCGUCUGUAGCGGCUUCUGUAGAGGGGUCGCGACCGACGCGAGGACUUGGAGGCGCAGCAAGUAGUAGAAGUCGAGGAAUAGGACGAGGAGGAAAUGAAGUUCAGAAUUUUCGAGAAGAUCGAAGUAACAAUUUCUAUCAUCUACGAGGAGGACCAGAGUUCUUAGGAGAGCCACCGAAGUUUUCUCCGUCAAAAUUCGCGUCGUCUUCACCUGUCAGGGGUCGUCUUCCGCCGCACACGCUGAGCAAGAGGGCAGCACAGACUUCUCGCCGCGUCAACCCCGCCAGCUUGGGCUUCAGCGGAAGCAGUGGUGGCGCAUUGGUCGGCGGAGCUUUGGCUACCGGCAUCGACAUCAAAGCGCUGGCCGACUACGCUAUCAGCCUGUUCCCUCUCUGUGGGCGCAACCCGCCGCUAGCUAUGAAGGCGCUUGACUGGGCGAUGGGGAAGUUCAUGGAACCCAACAUGCACAGACGCGCGAACAACCGGCUACGAGUACUGUUGACGAAAGUUCGAGUGACCAAACCACCUUUCUUUACCGCUCAGAUCGUUUCCGAGUUCAGCACAACGACGCACUUGAAAAGCUGUCUGAAAGCAAGCUCGCAUGUGCCGAUCGCAGCAGGCGUCCUGCCCUUCCGCAUGGAUCACGCAGCAAUCCACGGCCGUAAGGAGGAAAUAUCUCCAGUCCUCGAGCAGUCCGCAACGGGAACAACAUCCUCUUCUUAAGGCUCUCCCUAAUUCAUCUUGGGAAGCAUCCUGAAGCGGCUUCUUAAGGGGAAAAGGCGCCUAGGAUGCAUUUCGAGACGGAAUUGGGUGAGCUCUAAUCUUCCUUGGGAGCAGGCGACGGCUCUCCUAGAUCGCUUGGAUCACCAGCAUCUUCUUCCGUGGGAGCAGGCGACGGCUCUCCUAGAUCGCUUGGAUCACCAGCGGCAAAGAAGACUGAGUGGUAUAUUGACGGUUUGGCGUGGCUUACAUUUUUGGUACCAUGGCGCACAUUUCAUCCUGACGACAGCGUAGUGAAAGUGUCUGCACUCUCUGCACCGACGGCGGAUAUUGUACCGAGGAUCAUUAUUCCGUUUUGGUGGGUCCUCUUUCCGCCAAGUGAUACAGUUCUCAAAGGUACAUUGUAUUUGUAACACCAACGUCAAUGAUCUUGUCAUUGAUGCUCUCUUUGAAAACUAAUCCAGCCUAAAAGAUCAAAAGGAAUUUGAUAUCCGGUUUUGUACCAACGAACUGAAGAACUACUGAAAUGAUGUCAUCAUCCCUCUAUUUGUGAGAUUGACAGUUCCUAACUACCUAAAAGAUGAAGCAAAUAGAAGCGCGGGAAAACUUUUUUCAACAAAGGUAUUUUCUGGAGUGGGUAUCAGGAUGCGGAAGCUUUUUUUCGGGAUGUGAAGCUGGGCCAUAAGCGUCGCGGCCCUCUAAAGUCUACGUGUUUGACUUGCAGCAGGGAUCGAGAGUCCAAGAACUGGUCGGAUGCACAAGAAGGAUAUGGCUCUCAAGGAAGGAAGGAUAUGGCUCUCAACGCGAAAGCUCUAAAUCUAGGGUCGGAAAUGAAUGAGCCGCAGUCGAAAACCACCGAAGAUAUUAGUUCUAGUUCGUCGUUUUCAGACGUUGAACAGGCGGGACGUGCUACUUCUUUUUCUUUACGCAAGACUACAAGUGCGGCUCAGUAUGGAGCUGAAAGAAGUAGAAAUGCGAAGCGCACAGCGGAACAAGUUUUGCGGAAAUUGCUUCCGAAAAAAGAUCCGCCAGCCCUGCAGCUCGAAGACCCAGAGCUCUGGGCAGAAAUCAUGCAUCACGUCGAGGCUUAUGAGGAGAUUGCCGAAUACCAUUGGGUUAUGCUUUUCUUCGUCACGGCUUGCGUUCUUGCUUUUCUGCUCUUCGCUGCAAGCUACUUCGACUUUUAGAAACGCGCUGCAGAGCGAUUUUCAAGGCGAAACUUCAUUUUCUUGGCGAUCUACUACAGGAGGAAUUAGCUGAGCUAACGGUCUUCAUCAGGUGCCUUCCCGGAGUUGAGCUUGAGCCGAUAGAAUUUUUUGUAGUCUACGAAAGAUAACUUUUCUAGCACUUGCGCUUCGAUUCAAACAACAACAGCGAAAGACAGAAAUUUUUAGAGUACCGUAUUCAAUAUCUGUCUCACUCGUACGAGACGGAAUUUUGAGUACUACUCAACCUUUCAGUGUCCAAGUUUUGUUCUUGUCACUUUUGCUUUUGCUGAAGAUCCUUGUUAGGAGGCUCUCGUGGUCCCCCAGGACCUUUUUUUUUUUCUCCCUCAUCUUUUUCCGAAUGUACUCUCGAAGAUUAGA